CCUCCCCUUCUUCACAUUCACUCCCAUGAUGCAACAGCAAACAAAGAGGGCAGAGAAAAGAGACAGUAAAGGGAGAAACGGCAGCUAGCAAGAGAAAAGUUUCAAACGCCGAAAAUAGGCAUAAUUCAAAACGUCCACAGCGUAAGGUGCCACUUUAUCGCAAAACGCGGUCAUAAAGUGCCCAUUAUUUCUCGUCUCUGUGGAAAAUAAGUUCGUUUCUUCGCUGUUUUUGUAAGUGCAGGUAUCAGCUAGCCGUGAAGUAAUAAUGUCUCCUAAUGUGAUUUCAUAACUCCCCGGACACUGAUAUGACAACUCCUGUUAGUUGACAGUGUAUUCAAGGAGCGUCAGGUAUGGCAGUCGUGGGCCUUAUGUGAUCAGCUAUGUGUAAGUGCUCACAGUCAUCUCCCUCAUCCCAAGAACAUCACGCGUAAUCCCCCUCCAAAUCAUUAAGGGGGAUCUUUCAGAAUGAAGAAGAUCAGUCUGAAAACAAUAAGAAAGUCAUUUAACAUUAAAGGCAAAGAAGACGCCGAAUAUGCCGUAUCGCAACCGGACCUGGCAGCCAGUUUCUCUGCUGAAGACUCUCUGUUUGGAGGAUGCUACAGCAAAGAUUUCGUCAGCAGCGACCUGGAUAACGAGGACGAAAAAAGAUCCAAAGUCCGAUCUAAGAGCGAGGGUCUCAUGGGCACCUUGAAAAGAAGACUAUCAGCGAAACAGAAACCAAAGGUCAAGAGUGGUUCUCCAUCUGUAUGCUCUAUAGAUGACGAUACCUUCUCCUCCUCUUCGGCACCCAUUACUCUAAGUGACAUAAAAUCCCAGCGUUCCUCCCGCUCCACAUCCGUCCAUAGUCAUCAUUACAGUCCCACCCCGUGGCCUCUCAGACCAGUGAACUCGGAGGAGACGUGCAUCAAAAUGGACGUUAAGGCAUCAAUGAACUCCUCAGAUCCAAGUUCGGCUUUCAGCUGUGUGCGUCAAGACAUCCUAGACCUCCAGAGAGAGUUUGAAGGAUCUAGCGAUUCAUUGAAAAUCACCAGACGUGUGCCAGACCACCAUUCUGGUGCUCAGAAUGGCGAUUUGCACCUUGAAAUGGAUGAACACGUGCCUGUAGUCAUUGGUAUUGCAGCUCAGGAUUAUAUUCAGUACACAAUGCCUUUAGAUGAUGGACUCUAUCCUGAUGAUGAAGGUUCACACUCUUUUUGCUUAGAUGGCACCACACCCAUGGAUGUUGUUCCACAGUCAGAGGGAUCUCUUCAUGCAGAUGAGGAGCCUAUUGACCAGGACCUCCUGUCACCAGACAUCUUCAUGGAGUCGUCAUCGGUGAACCAGCUCUUUUUAAACACUGCAAAUGUCUUACUGCAGGGCUCCAGACUCGAAGCCCCUCUUUCCCCCUUGCUACCUCCGUUGCCCGAUAGUUACCUCCAGAGAAGCUUCUCUGGGUUUGGUGGUACCCACGCUCAGGUUGCAGAGAGAGUCAUGCACCAUCUCAACUUUGACCCCAACUCGGCUCCAGGGGUGCAGCGGGUCUACGACGCCGUGCAGAACAGCGGGCCCAUGGUGGUUACCAGUCUCACGGCUGAACUGAAGAAGCUAGCCAAGCAGGGCUGGUAUUGGGGUCCCAUCACCAGAUGGGAGGCCGAAGAAAAGCUGACGAAUCUUCCAGACGGUUCUUUUUUAGUCCGCGACAGCUCAGACGAUCGAUAUCUCUUAAGCUUGAGCUUUCGCUCACAGGGUAAGACGCUCCACACGCGGAUCGAGCACUCGAACGGCAGUUUCAGCUUCUAUGAGCAGCCUGACAUUGAAGGCCACGUAUCAAUCGUAGAUCUCAUUGAUAAUUCGGUCAAGGAUUCUGAGAGCGGAGCAUUCUGCUAUUCCAGAUCACGCUUACCGGGUUCCGCCACCUACCCUGUUAGACUGACCAAUCCUGUUUCAAGGUUUAUGCAAGUGCGUUCACUGCAGUACUUGUGCCGUUUUGUUAUUCGCCAGUACACGCGGAUAGAUCUGAUCCAGAAAUUGCCUUUACCGAACAAAAUGAAAGAUUACCUGCAGGAAAAGCACUACUGAACACAGUAAUUCCCGACUUGGUUGCUACUUGCACUUUUUGGAUGACACAACGAAGCAGGUUUUGCAAACAUUUCAAGAGUUUUGUUAUCAUUCAAUUUAGAGUUGUGAAAAGUACAGACUUCGGUACCAGGUCGGUACUGAAAUUGGUGAUGCUUUGAGGGCUGUUGAGCGGAUUCGUAAACACCUCCGAUUGGCCAUUGUGUUGACGCGCUCAUCAGAUAUGUCUGUGAUUGGCUUCAAUGAUCAACGCUUCAAAAAUGUUGUAAAUAGUCAUCAGUGACGCUCUUCACCGAGCGCUUACACAGAUACACACAGGAGCGUUUGAAAGCAGGCGUCUAUCACGGACCAGUCCGCUGAUAGACAUCUGUUUUCAAACGCUCCCGCUUUCAAAUUCAAACACUUCCGUGGGCUUUCAAAUGCUCCCGUGCGUUGAUCAUUGUAGCCAAUAUCUGAUGAGCGCGUGAACACAGUGGCCAAUCAGAGGUGUUUACGAAUCCGCUCAAUAGCACUCAAAGCGUCAGAUUUUUUAAAUUUCAGUACUGAUUGGUUCCAAAGUCGGUACUUUGACAACUCUAAUUCAAUUACACGUUUUGUUGAAAGAAAAUAUGUUUGUUGGUCUGGUAGAGUAGAUAAUUCAGUGGUUUGUGAAGAAACGCAGUGCCAGAAUGUUGUUAGAGUGUUUGGAUCUCAAUGUCAAAGCAUUUUUCGCAUGUUCUCUUAGUACUGUAGCAUGUGAUUUUGUUACAGUCAAAGACAGUUCAGUAUUUUUUUUAAUGAAAUAUCAGCACACAACUCCAAGCUCCAGCUUAUUGUAGGGCAUUUAGAGGUUCUUGGCAACAAUGCACAGAGGUAUAGAUGCCUUAAUAAUGGCCGCAUGUUUGUGAAUGCGUAGACUACAUUCCUCCUCACCCCUUUUUUGAACACAUAACUUUUGUUGUACAAGCCAUUGUUAUGUCAUGAUCCUAUUCAAAGGGAAAAUGUACUAUACAAUAUGCUAAAUGAUGUCCUAUCACCCUACAUAUGAUCUUACCCUUCUGUGGAGUUACUCUAAUAAGCUAUAUUAGCUGCUCAUAUUUGUCAGAUCAUAUUGUCACACCUUUUUUGUUUCGCAUUCUUUAGCACAUGUCAUGCCAAGGUUGGGUGCCUCGCUGAAAUUCGUCUUUGCUGUAGUUAAUUAAUUUUGGACUGUACGAUUUGUUCUUUAUAACAGUCAUCUUUUAACAGGCAUGCAGUUAUGUUAUAAACACAUCUGGUCUUUUUCCCCUUGCAUUGUUUAAGUGUUCAUUAAAAUGACUUAUCAUUGUUUGAAAACAGAAGGCUUUCCUGUUAUGGACUAUGUCAAUGGUACAGUUUAAAAUCAUCUCUUUUUGGGAACAGAAUUUGCUUACUGAUAUGUUGUAACUUGAACUUGUUCUCCAGUUCAAAAUAAAAGUUUUAUAUGGUUAA